AUGGUUAUUAUCAUAGUCACUGUAAUAGUUGUAGUAAUUAGUAUUUUACUUCAAUAUUUCUUUUCGUUAUUUGAAAUUUUAUUUAAAAAACCAUUACCACCCAAAGGCGCUGUCGAAGUCGAUUCAAAGGAACAUGUUUAUGCACAUCCUGAUUUCGUGGACCAUCUGCAAGAUCCCAAAACAUUCGAAGUACAAACAAUCUAUGAGGGUUAUUUACAUGGCGUCAAGAUAAGUGGUGAUCGUCCACAAUUUUCAUAUCGGCAAUCAUCUAGCGAACCAUUCAAAUCCUAUUCGUACAACCAAGUAAACAAAAUGAUUCAAGAAAUCGGUAGUGGCAUAAUUAAUACUGGUCUUAAACCAGAAAACGACACCUUUUUCGGUAUUUAUGGAUCAUGUACGAUGAACUAUGCACUAUGUCUCUAUUCCGCUUGGCCGUACUCCAUGGUUCCCAUCGGUAUCUACGAUUCACUUGGUCGUGAUGGUGUUCGAUUUAUUAUCAAACAAAGCGAGGUCAAGUUGAUCUUUGUUGAUGAUCUUCAACGUAUGAAGAAUUUAAUCGAAUGGAAAGAUGAUACAUUAGCAUUAAAAACAAUCGUGUGUUUCGUUGAGCCAACAGAGACAUUGAUUAGUCAAGCAAAAGAGAAAAAUCUCGAUAUAAUUUCAUUCGAAAAACUCAAAGAAAACGGAAGAAACCAUCUCGUUCCGGUUGUACCACCAAAACCUAGUGAUACAGCGAUGAUUAUGUAUACAAGUGGCAGCACCGGAGAACCUAAAGGUUGUAUUAUCACUCAUGAAAACUUCGUUUAUGCUAUGUAUGGAAUUGCAUCGGCUCUCGACAUAUUGCAAGUAACUGAGACGCCACGUGUUAUGAAUUACCUACCAUUAGCGCAUCUAUUUGGAUGUGGAACAGUCAUUUCUAUUAGUUACUUAGGAGGCGAAAUUGGUUUUUGGCAAGGUAAAGUAGAAAGAUUGCCAGACGAUUUUCGAGACUUCAAACCAACGAUUGUUACAAUGGUGCCACGUCUGUUGAAUAAGCUCUACGAUAAAGUUCGGCUGGAAUUACGCAAGAAAGGUCUUCUAGGUCGAUUUCUGUUCCACUUAGCUAUUCGAAGUAAAUUAGCAUUAAUUCGACGAGGAAACUUUUCUCAGGACACUCUGUGGGAUAAAUUAAUUUUUGAAAAAGUUCGUCAAGGCUUUGGCGGCCGAGUUAAUCGUGUUAUUUCCUCAAGUGCGCCUCUCUCACCUGAAGUGUGUCGAUUCUCUCGCGCGGCUUUCUCCUGUUUUUUCGUUGAAAGUUAUGGUCAAACAGAAUGUGUCAUCGGAUGCUCACAGACUGUUCAUGAUAUUGAAUCAGGCGAAACUGGUAUUCCCACAUCACUGAACCAUGUCAAACUGGUUGAUGUCCCUGAAAAGAAUUACUAUGCCAAAGAUGGUGUUGGCGAGAUCUGUCUCCGAAGCAAAGCCGUCUUUAAAGGUUACUUGAAGGAAGAGGCUAAAACGCGUGAAGCCAUUGACGAACAAGGUUGGUUACACACAGGCGAUAUCGGACGAUGGACACCACACAAAACCAUGAAGAUCGUUGAUCGAAAGAAAAACAUGUACAAACUCAGCCAAGGCGAAUAUGUUGCGCCCGAGAAAAUCGAAGAUGUCUAUGCUCGAAGUCGUUUCAUCUCACAGAUCUUUGUGUACGGUGAUUCGUUCGAGAGCUUUCUCGUUGCCAUCGUUGUUCUCGAUGAUGACUAUGUGAAAAAGUGGGCAGCAACCGAAGGUCAUCAUGUGCAGGCGUCCGAGCCGGACGAGAAACUGAAGCAGAUCGUUCUGGAUGACAUGACUCGAGAAGGCAAGAAGCGAGGACUUAUGUCAUACGAACAAGUGAAGAACAUCGAGUUUAUCAAAGAAGCGUUCACGAUCGAGAACGGUCUUUUGACACCGACGUUCAAAGCACGCCGUAUCAUAGACGAUACUUUUCGUACUUCCAACACAUGGACGAAAUUAUUUAUUCAAAUAAGAUCACAUCUCUCCUCUACCAACUUUAUUAAUAUGUUUACUGUCUUAAUCGCCGUAUUUGUGGUAUUCACCACUGUUUUACUGGAGUAUCUUUUCUCCUUCUUGCGAAUUCUUUUGAAAAAGCCAUUAUCACCAACUGGUGCAGUCGAAAUCGACCUCACUGAACAUAUAUAUGCACAUCCGGAUUGUACGCAACAUCUGCAAGAGACAAAAGCAUUUGGUGUAGACACAUUAUAUGGUGUGCUACAACAUGGAAUACAACUAGCUGCGAAGAAACCCUUGUUCUCGUAUCGAGAAGCAUCUAAUCAAUCAUUUAAAUCCUAUACACAUACAGAAGUAUUUGAAAUUCUCAAAGAAAUCGGUAGUGGUGUAGUUCACUUUGGUCUUAAACCAGAAAAUGAUACCUUUUUCGGUAUUUAUGGAUCAUGUACGAUGAACUAUGCAUUGUGUCUUUAUUCGGCAUGGCCGUAUUCGAUGGUGCCGGUUGGCAUUUAUGAUUCACUUGGUCGAGAUGGUGUGCGGUUCAUUAUCAAACAAACGGAAGUGAAAUUGAUUUUUGCCGAUGAUCUGCAACGUGUGACGAACUUGAUUGAAUGGAAAGAUGAAACAUCGACAUUGAAAACAAUCGUGUGUUUCCUUGAACCAACAAAAGAAUUAAUGGAACGAGCAACAGAGAAAAAUUUGAAUUUGAUAACACUCGCACAUCUUAGAGAACUGGGUCGACAGAAUCCGACACCAGUGGUCGAACCUAAGCCAAGCGAUACAGCUAUUAUUAUGUAUACAAGCGGAAGUACAGGAGAGCCCAAAGGGUGUAUUAUAACACACGAAGCUUUUGUCAAUGCGUUGCAUGGACUUGUAAAUUCUAUUGGUCUUCUCGACUUCCUUAGGAGAAAAGAAACUCCACGUGUUCUUAAUUAUCUGCCAUUAGCACACGUGUUCGGCUGCGCAACAAUUUUAGCUCUCACAUAUUUAGGAGGAGAGAUCGGAUUUUGGCAAGGUAAAGUCGACAAAUUGAUUGAUGAUUUUCACGAUUUCAAACCGUCCAUAAUUACGAUGGUGCCACGUCUAUUGAAUAAACUUUACGAUAGAGUUCGAUCUGAAUCGCGGAAAAAAGGGCUUAUUGGACGCAUUCUUUUUCGAUUAGCGGUUCGCAGUAAACUCGAGUUUAUUCGUCGAGGAGAUUUUUCGCAAAAUACUAUCUGGGAUAAAUUAAUUUUUCACAAAGUUCGUCAAUCUUUCGGUGGUAAAAUGUCAUGUGUCGUUUCCACUAGCGCCCCGCUGUCCGCUGAAGUUUGUGCAUUUUCUCGUGCUGCAUUUUCGUGUAUGUUUAUUGAAUGUUAUGGCCAAACAGAAUGUAUCAUCGGUUGUUCGCAAACGCCGAAUCACGUCAAACCUGGCGAAACAGGUAUUCCUACAAUAAUGAACUACAUCAAACUAGUUGAUGUGCCCGAGAAAGAGUACUAUGCCAAGGAUGGCGUUGGCGAAAUUUGUAUUAGCAGCCCAGCUCUAUUCAAAGGUUACCUGAAAGAUGAGGCUAAAACUCGUGAAGCCAUUGACGAACAAGGUUGGUUACACACAGGCGAUAUCGGACGAUGGACACCACACAAAACCAUGCAGAUCAUCGAUCGAAAGAAAAACAUGUACAAACUCAGCCAAGGCGAAUACAUUGCACCUGAGAAAAUCGAAGAUGUCUAUGCUCGAAGUCGCUUCAUCUCACUGGUUUUUGUGUACGGUGAUUCGUUCGAGAGCUUUCUCGUUGCCAUCGUUGUUCUCGAUGAUGACUAUGUGAAAAAGUGGGCAGCAACCGAAGGUCAUCAUGUGCAGGCGUCCGAGCCGGACGAGAAACUGAAGCAGAUCGUUCUGGAUGACAUGACUCGAGAAGGCAAGAAGCGAGGACUUAUGUCAUACGAACAAGUGAAGAACAUCGAGUUUAUCAAAGAAGCGUUCACGAUCGAGAACGGUCUUUUGACACCGACGUUCAAAUCACGCCGGUAUGCAGUGGAAAAGAAGUACAAAAACGUUUUUGUGAACAUGUACAAGAGUGCGAACAAUGCUUAA